AUGGCGGCAUCUUCAUUCCAUCCAUUCCCGAGGCUACCAACUGAGCUUCGGCUCCAGAUUUGGACUGCAGCUUGUCUUUGUCACCAUCCAUCUGAUUAUAGAAUACACUAUAUUGAUGUUGAACCCACCUCUACCGAAGGCACACUCUCUCCUUCUUACGAAUUCACGGCGCGUCUUGCAGAGGGAGACAACGACUCCGCCUGCUUGAUGAAUGGGGGACUAUGGAAAGCCUGCAAAGAGUCGCGGGACGUCAUGAUACAACAUUCAAGGAUCGACGACCAUGAUUGCGCAAAAAUCGAUAUCCUUGGAAAUACAGAGGACUGGUAUUUGCCUGUGUGUGCGGGGCAUGAUAUCUUUUGCAUCAAGUCAAAGAGCUUUAAUACUCCUGAGGACCAUGAUGAGGCUUGGCAAAUACAAAUCCCAGGCCUGAGCCCUAAAGGAUCGCAAAUGAUGGAUAUCGACAACAUUGCAUUUGAGUUUGACGAAUCUUGGAACAGAGACAUGCCGAAAAGUUACUAUGGUCUCAUGUGGGAGAAGUCUACCCGGGGAUUUCUCUCCUGUCUUCUUUACAACAAAUCACGCCAUGGAAUGACAACGCCUAACAUUUGGAUCAUUUUGAAGACAUUUGACCACCAUAAGGGUUCCCGUACCGCAUGGCAUCAUUACGAUACAGAAUAUGUCCAGAUCAUCCCGCAGUUUCCAAGUCGUCUCUGUCUCGGGACACGUGAUUUCGAUGGAGUCCUUGAAAACGCCAAAACGUUUAUAAGUACUCUCGAUGAUCUUUACAAGGCCAACGAAAAUGGGCAUGGCAAUUUUCACUGGUGUCCGUGUCAAGACUACGAUGAGUUUGAAAUAUCCAAAAAUGUCGUAUUUCUUGCUUCUCGACGUCGACACAUGCAAAACGACUUUUCUACAGACAGGGCUGGUUGA